GAACAAGGAGCAGACACCGGCCACAAACACAAGUGGAGCUGCUGGACAGUGUGCGCGUGACCGUUCACUAUUGACGUUCUUUAUGAAUCCUUUAAAUCCGCAUCCGCAUUUUCGCAAUGUCUGAUAUUAAACUUUGUAAUACAGCCUGACAUAAUUGUGACCAGAGCUCCAGCCCAUUUCAGUGCUUCAGAGGUCACAAGUGGACAAAAAAAAAAGGGUUCAGCCUUAAGCUCAUGAACCUUAAGUGGUUUUACACAAUCUUUCAACAGAUUGUAAAAGAGUCUUGUGAGUGAGUGCUAAACCGAUUUAUCUGAGCUGAUAUGAGCUAUAAUGAUAUGAUGAUGGAGGACGGUAUGAUCAGAGAUGUGUUCAAAAGCUAUAACAGAUAUCCCGUUCCUGUUUCUGCCUGCAUCACUACUGAAAAAGCCAUCGGGUCAGAAACCAAGACCCAAAACCUCACCAUAAGCACUGAGUGGAGUCAGUGUGAUGUUGACAGAGGCGUUAGACUGCGCUUUAGUCGGCACUGGAAUCUUCGCUGUAAUGAAAAUACUCCGGAACAGUUUGUGUGUCUGGGACCCUCAAUAAACACGUAUGGAGAGCUGCUUAGUAGCCACGCCCCCUCUGGAGGACGUCGAGCGGUCAUCCGAGAUAGCGUGGGGUGUCAGUAUCUUGAGGUAUGGGGCUGCAAUGGCCUGGAGAGGAGCUUGGACCUCACAGCCAUGAACAAACAUGGAAAAGUCUAUGAAGAUGCACAGUUUGCCUGUCUAGUUUGGUCCCCAUGUGAGGAACAUUUACUUUACAUAGCAGAGAAGAAGAGGGCAGGGCUAUCAGCCAAGGACAGUGGAAGUUUGGGUGUGCUUGAAGAAGAGGACAAGAAUGUAUAUGUGGAGGACUGGGGUGAGGGCCUGGUUGGUAAAAGUGUCCCAGCGUUGUAUAUUGCAAAUCUAUCUAAAGGAGAAGUGACCCUGUGUCCUGGAGUCCCACCUCAUGUGUCACCUGGACAGGCCCUGUGGACAGGAGAUGGCAAGGCAGUGAUCUUCGUGGGCUGGUGGCAUGAACCAUUCCGGCUAGGCCUGAAGUUCUGUUCCAAUCGGAGAUCAGCUGUCUUCUCCACUGACUUGAAUGGAAAUUGUGAGCUCCUGUCAUGUGAUUCCGGCUCAGUGAUGAGUCCUCGGUUGAGCCCAGACUCUCUCUGGCUGGUCUAUCUGCACGGAAAAGCGUUCGGCCCACAUCAUCAAUGUCUCCGCAUGAUGCUGUAUGACAUGAAGAACGGAACUACUUCAGUCUUGGUGGAUGUAGUGAGAAGAGCAGAGGAAGGUCAGUUUAUGGGUCUGUAUGAACCUCUUCCUCCUUAUUGCUGGUCUUCAGACAGUGAGCGAAUCUUUUUUAGCAGCGCCUGUGAAAACAGCAAGUUGCUGUUCUCAGUGGAGAGACAAAAUGGAAGAGUAACACCACUGCAGGACACUGCAUGGAAAGAGUUUGGGAGUGUGAAGCUGUUGGCAGUAAUGAAAGACCUGAUGGUGUUGUCCUGCUCUUCUCCUAAUCACCCACCUACCAUGAUUGCAGGAUUUAUACCCUAUGGAAAGUGUACACAAACUGUACAAUGGUCUCAACUGGGUGGCGCUAAUACACAUGAGAGUUUUGAUUGGGAGCUGAUGAUAAUCGCUCCUACACCAGAAGAGGAAAACCACCAUUUCUCUGGCUUAAGUUUUGGUGCCAUGCUGAUGAAGCCAGCAAGCUCUUUUAAGGCUAUGAGGUUUCCUCUCGUCAUCUUCAUUCAUGGAGGACCUCAUUCUCAUUUUGCUGCUGAAUGGAACGUCACUGCUGCAGCUUUGACCAAGCUGGGUUUCGCUGUACUUAUGGUUAAUUAUCGAGGUUCCACUGGUUUUGGUCAGGACAGUAUCGAUUCUCUCCUUGGAAACAUCGGCAGUCAGGAUGUCAAAGACGUACAGAGGGCUGUGCUGCAUGUCCUGCAAAGUAACAAGUCCCUUGACCCUGAUAAGAUAGCUGUCAUGGGUGGGUCUCAUGGUGGAUUCCUGGCCUGUCAUCUGGUUGGUCAGUAUCCAGACUUCUAUAGAGCAUGUGCAGCACGGAACCCUGUCAUCAAUGCAGCCACACUGCUCGGAACCAGCGACAUCACUGACUGGAGAUAUUCCUCUGUUGGACUGGAAUAUAGCUUUGACCAGCUGCCCACUUCACAAGCUCUGACCACCAUGCUGGAGAAAUCACCUAUAGUUCAUGCAGCCCAGAUUCGCACUCCAGUGUUGCUUAUGUUAGGUGCCAAGGAUAAGAGAGUGUCGCCAUAUCAAGGUCUGGAGCUUUACAAAGCCCUCAAGAGCAGAAAUUCACCUGUCAGGUUGUUGUGGUAUGACGGUGAUGGCCAUUCCCUGUCUAAAGUGGAAACUCAGUCAGAUUGUCUUCUCAAUGUUGCCCUCUGGUUCAAACAGCAUUUAAAUCUGAACUGAAUUUCCUCCUGGUUUUUAUUAAGACAUCGACAUGGUUGCAGCUGCUAAAUGUAAGACUUUGGAAAGCAAGAUACGGUUGCGUGCUACUUAAAGAGCAUGAGCUAUGAAGGCUGAGCAGGAAAAGGAGGACACAUUUACUAAAGAUUCAGGGCUGCAUCUCAAGCCACAUUUUACAGAUUGGACAAGAUGCCUAAAUAGCAGUGAAACCAUUGAUAUACCAAUGUAACUAUGCUAAAAUAUAACAAAUAUACACCCGACCAGACAUAACAUUAUGACCACCUGCCUGAUAUUGUGUUGGUCCCCCUUUUGCUGCCAAAACAGUCAUGACCCAUCAAGCAUUAACAGCAUUAACUUCUUCAGCAGUUUGAGCUACAGUAGCUCGUCUGUUGGAUCGGACCUCACUUCCUUUCUUUCUCCCUUUUCUGGAUAGGCUCUUGCCCCACACUGUGUGAUUAAAUUUAUAUUGUGUCUAAAGUUGCGAUGUGGUGAAGUCUGACAUAUUGCCAAAUUUGACCUCCCCCACUGACUCAGAUUGUUGGCUUGACUCAGAUCAGAUCAAGGACUGCAACACUUUUCUGGUUGCCAUUUAAUACUAAUGCUAACCACUAGGAGGCAGACCUGCCAUUCCAUUUUCAUUUACACAGAACAAAGCCAGAGAAGCUGAGGUUGUCCAUUAAAAUGUAUAUGACUCGUAUAAAUAUAUUCCUUUUUGUGUGUGUGUUCUUUUAGUUGCAAUUAAAUCAAGAUUUUUUUUAGUGUUUCCGUCAUUGCCUGUGCAUUUGUAAAGUGAUCUGUUGAAUGUGACAGAUUUAAAACUUGGAAAAUCAUUAAAUCUGAGUUAUGAGGAAAAAA